AUGUUUGGCCACGGAAGGCUUAGCGAGCGUCGACAUGGCUAUCGGACAUAUAGCCCAUGUCUGCCUCUUUCCUAUCCUUCAGUUUCGAGGCAGAUAAGAAUGGCGGCGAAGAAAGAAAUCCCUCCCAAAGAUGCCCCUACUACAGAAAAGAGAAGGACCAGCCUUCGUCAAGCGGCAAAACAGGAAGAGAUACAGAGAAGAACGUCCCCAUCAGAGGAUAAAUCCAGUAAUAAACAUCAAAGUGUACUCCAGAGCCUUGCAGAGGAGAUAAACAAGUUGGAUAAUAUAGAGGUUGAUAAACAAGAUAAUGAGGAAGAUAACAACGACGAGGAGCGCGAGCUUACUAAGAGCGGUCAUAAUCAUGUCACAGAAACAGGUAAGCUGAAAGGCGUUGAGGAGGAAGAUACUACCAAAAUGGAAGGAACAAAAGGCUCAAGACGGUCUCCAGGUGUAAACUCGGAUAUAGCAGUCGAAAGCGUCGAAAGCGCCGAAAGCAAGACCAAAGAAGACUCGAAACAAGACCCUGACGUUGCUAUCCUUACCAGCUUACUAGAACACGUAGGUCUCACUUCAGAGGUAGACGACGAAACGCCGAUUGGCUGGGUGAAACAUGGUUACGGACGAAAAGUGAUGUUACAGUAUGGACCACAAAGCUCACCUUCAUAUUGUAUCAAACCAGGGAAGGAAGUUCCAGAUUUCGUUGCCCAGGAUGCUCCGGAAGAUUGGCCAACUUAUAAGAAUGGCGCGCCUUUGCCUCCAGCCACGUUAAUCAAGGUUACCGAGCGCGACGAACAAGAACACUGGACAAGCUGGGAAACAAGAGACACAACCAGGGAGAUCUUUGGCCAAAAGGUGGUCAUGCUCAAGAAUGAUGUCAAGCUGGACGAUCGAGUGAUUCUCCCCAAGUCGUAUCGGAUCGCAAAAGCAGCCGCAAUCAUCUUAGCCACAACAGUCUAG